CACAAAACCCCUUCUCCACUCCUUUACAACCAACAUACAUACCUCCCAGUCCUUUCAUUUCCUCAAACCCUAGAGUCAUCACUCUCCUCGACGACAUCUCCUUUCCCAUCCUCUUCGACAAUUCCUUUCAUGCCUUCCACCUCCUUCACUGGCGGCUAUCGUGCGUUCGUAUGGAGCGGUGAAGGCGCUGGUGGCAGCACUAGAGAAACAGACAAUGAUGGCAAAGGAGAACACGGUGUGCGCAUUGGUUCGGUUAUCGAAAAACAAGGAGGAAGAUAAGGUGAUGAUAGGGAGGGUGGGAGCGAUUCUGCAUCUACUGAAGCUUCUAGAAGGAGGGGGAUUGCACGGGAAGAAGAACUCGGUGACUGUGCGGUACGCGCUAUGUUCGACGACGAAGGAGAAUAAGGUGAAGGCGGUGAGCACGGGGGUUAUGAGGGCACUGGUGGAGCUGAUGGUGGACUUGGGGUUGAGUAUGGAGGACCUGGGGUUGAGUAUGGUGUACUUGGUGAGCGUGGUGGUGGCGGUGGCGGAGGCGAAGGGGAUUUAUGAUUUCCAACUACAAGCCCUUGUUGCCGAAGUUCGUGAUCUUAGGGACAGAGAGCACUCUGCCACCGAGCAACACCACCUUCUAGUCCAGGUUUUCGACUCCCUUCAAUUAGGUCAAGUUUCUUCGUCGCGUAGCGUAGUGCUUUUUGUAUUUUCUUGUUGGUUUAGUUUGCCACGUUUGAGAGUAGAAGCUGAAGCGGAACGAUGAAGAGUGCGGCAAAAGGAUACAAGAAUUGCAGGACGAGUUGGCUUCUGCAAAAGAGGACACCAGAAACUGGAGAGAAAGGUUGUGCUGGACUUAGAUGAAACACUGGUAUGUGCAUUUGAGACAUCAAGUUUGCCAGCUGCUCUAUGGACUCAAGCAAUCGAAGGUGGUUUGAAUUGUUUACAGCUGGUCUUAAAGGCUAUGCUAGAUCCCUUGCUAACAGAAUAGAUGUGGAAAAUCGAAUCAUUCUACGACUUUAUCGACCCUCAACAAUUAGCACCUAAGUGAAUCUACCUUGUUUCAAAUCCAGUAUUCUAUUUUAUGUAAUUAAUCUUUUUUGUUUACAUCAUGGCUAGUAGCCAGCCAACUAUAUGUGAAUUAAUAUUAUAGUUCAUUUUAUUUCAAUUAUGGUUCUUUA